CGGAAAUGAUUGUUUUGUUGUCUCAUUGGGGCGCGAGCUUGGUGAUGGUGAUGCGCAGGUCCUGAAGGCGACAAAGCAAAUAAAAAAUAUAAAAAAAUCAGCUGAUUGAAGAUCAAAGAAACAGCACGAGCAGGGGGUGCUGUGAUCAUGGCUCAGCCUCUCCUUCUCCCAUUGGUCGGUAUCGUCCUCCUGACUGUGGCAUCCUGUCAAACCAUUGACUCUGCACUGCAGGAUCUGACCAAUAGGAAUGCUGACUUUGCUGCGAGGUUGUACCGAGCCGUCUCCAGCCGCACUGAUGACAACGUCUUCCUGUGUCCAUUCACACUGUCUGCCGGACUGUCGGCGCUGCUCGCUGUCACCAGUGGGCGGAGUCAGGAGCAGCUGCUGCAGGGCCUCAGCCUGACAGGACUGGAGCCUCAGGCCGUCCCUGAUCUGUUCCAGAACCUGAGGAAUGCAGUCCUGCAGGGGGGUGUGGCUACCAGCCUGAGGCAGGGCGCGGCCUUGUUCUCCCCCCAGGGUUCUGAGGUGUCGUCAUCGUACCUGGACCAGGUAAGGACCAAAUUUGGGGGAAGUGUUCAGAAUGUGGACUUUGCGACACCACAGGAUGCCGUUGAUGCCGUCAACCGCUGGGCCCGGGAGAACGCCGGAGACCAGGUCCAGGACCUCGUCUCCACUCUGGACCCCCAGACCAAGCUGCUGCUUGCCACUGCCACCGCCUACCAAGUCCGCUUCAGUCCGGCCUUUAAUGCCUCGUUCACUCAAGACGAGCGCUUCUACGUGGACAAGUAUCACGUUACUAUGGUUCCCAUGAUGUUCCGGGCUGAUAAGUACUUCCUGGCAUACGACCGCUCUCUGAAGGUUGGGGUGUUGAAACUGCCGAUGACGGACGGGGCGGCCAUGCUGGUUGUGUUCCCUGAUGAAGGUGUGGAUGUCACCGCUGUGGAAGAGGAUGUGACGGGUGAGAAGAUCAGAGCGUGGAUACGACAGCUGAAGAAGACGAAGUUGGAGGUGCAGCUCCCUCGUUUCCUAUUGGACCGUUCGUACUCUCUGCGGGAUGUCCUGGAGACUCUAAGCAUCACACAGGUGUUCCAGGACGAUGCUGAGGUCGUCAACAUCGAAGGCGGAGCUACGGGGCUCAAACUCUCACAGGUGUUUCAUAAAUCAUACAUGUCUGUUGAUGAGAGCAGCGAUGACACCGGCACGGGAGCCAGUGCAUUCUCCUCUCUUCCUCCUCGGCUGACCAUUAACAGACCCUUCCUCUUCGUGGUCUACCAUCAGACGAGCAGCGGUGUGCUGUUCAUGGGCCGGGUCAACGACCCGUCCAAGAAGUAACGUGUUUACCUGGCUGUCCUCACCUGUUAGAAUGUACUUCCUGUCUGUUCAAUGAUACUGCGGCAGGUGUGCUAAUGUCAACCUGUCUGCAGAUUCUUUACUCAAAUAAUAACCACUCUAGUAUUCAACCUGAGGCUGGAGGCCCACAGCAGGUCAUAAGAUCACCCCGUACGGUCCUGAAAAUAUAUCCUAAUUCUUAAAUAUUUUUUAUCUGUAUCUGUAAAUCUGCUGUUUUGUUCCAAGUGAAUCAUGUUGGAUUAAGAAUGUAUGUUCCCCUGGUGAUAAUCUGUUAUAAUCCUGCAGCUCAUACAGCGCCCUCAUGUGUCCAUUACUUUACUUUUAAUGAAGACCUUCCCAUGAGCCUCAGCUGUGGUUUGUGUUUACUGAUGAGAAGCUAUCGUUAGCAAGUGGUUUAAAAACAUUAACAUGUAUUAAAUGCUCCCAUCAGCUCAUAUUAGCAUGUGUUAUGUAGAUAUUAACAUGUCAUGUUAACAUUUCAUGAUUUAGGUAGCUCAUGUUAGCAUGUGAUGAUAACAAACAUCGAAGGCUUUUAAUGUGUGAUGACAUCCUGUGAGCCUCAGCUGCACUACGUUAUCUAUUGUUAGCAUGAAAACUCACACUACUGGUCAAGGUUCAUAAACAUGUUCACUGUAUUACUACUAUUUAAAUAAACAAACUGUAAAAAUGGA